AUGUCGCCGGCCGUGAAGAUCAUAUCAAUAUUCCACUACCAGAAGGCCAGCAUGCGAAUUGGUGCCUGCUCUUUCGUCGAACCAGACAAUCAAGUUGCCUGGCAAUGCCACAAUUUCAUGCGGACUAGCUCAUAUCAUGUAUCUAUAUUUGUCUACGCGGAGUUGUCCUUGAUGCCUCAUGCGACAACUACUCUCCAGAUGAAUGCUGCCUAA